AGUUGAGUUCUCUCCUACAAUUGGUUAGCUAGCUGCUAGUGUGUCGAAGUAAAUCUAGAACCAAACUCUGAUAAGAUCAGGGCCGAACAUGUCCCUGUGGUCCCAAUGGAGGAGGGGUGGUCGUGAUUUCUCAUUUUCUCUACGGAUGUAGACAGCAAGGAGUCCGCUGUCGCUAUUUCCUGGUGUCCGCAGCCCAUUCACGAAUUUGGAUUACUUUUACAAUUGGGUCCCAAUUCCAAGCGCUCUCUCUUCCUCUCCCCCGCGACCAUUCCACAACCUUCAUCACCCUGCUCUGACCGUAAGUGAUGUAAAUCGUCUAAUUCUACAUUUUGAUGGAACUUUAUUUUGUGUAGCGAUGAUAAGUUUUCUAGCUGGAUUCUCAAGUUCGAUCUGUUUGGUUGUCAAGAAAGUGUGUUUUGAAAUCAUUAGCAAUGUUGUAGUGUUGGAAUUGGCAAGUCUCAUUAUGCUGGGAUGCUAUCAGCGAGUUAGAAAGCAUAGCCCAUGAAGUAUCAGGAUAUUAUCAGUUCUCUCUUAGGCUACUCAACUCCAUUAUGGGCAACUUUGGUGUCUGUUGCUUUUGUGGUUCUAACACUUGUCUUUUCCUUUUACCUCUUGUUUGAACACCUUUCCGCAUAUAAGAACCCUGAGGAACAAAAGUUUUUAAUUGGAGUUACCCUAAUGGUUCCUUGUUAUGCCAUAGAAUCGUUUGCAUCACUGGUGAAUCCAUCAAUUAGUGUUGAUAUUGAGAUACUAAGGGACUGCUAUGAAUCAUUUGCCAUGUAUUGCUUUGGAAGAUACCUUGUUGCUUGCAUGGGAGGGGAAGAAAGAACUAUUGAAUUUAUGGAAAGACAAGGACGUUUAAGUUCUAAGACACCCCUUUUGGAACAUGGUCAUGAGAAGGGAAUCAUAAAGCAUCCUUUUCCAAUGAAUUAUAUCUUGAAACCUUGGAAGCUUGGUCAGUGGUUCUAUCAAGUUGUCAAGUUUGGAAUUGUUCAAUAUAUGCUAAUCAAGUCUUUGACUGCAAUAUUAGCAGUAGUUCUUGAAGCAUUUGGUGUAUAUUGCGAAGGGGAGUUUAAAUGGGGAUGUGGGUAUCCUUACAUGGCAGUGGUUCUAAAUUUCAGCCAGUCAUGGGCUCUGUACUGUUUAGUUCAAUUUUACACUGCCACAAAGGAUGAACUGGCACACAUAAAACCAUUAUACAAGUUCCUGACAUUUAAGUCAAUUGUGUUUUUGACUUGGUGGCAAGGAGUUGCAAUUGCUCUUCUUUCUUCCCUUGGUUUAUUCAAAAGUCCUAUAGCUCAAGGCUUGCAAUUUAAGUCGAGCGUACAGGACUUCAUCAUUUGUAUAGAGAUGGGCAUUGCUUCUAUUGUUCAUCUGUAUGUGUUCCCUUCAAAGCCUUAUGAGAUGAUGGGUGACCGCAUUCCUGGAAGUGUUUCAGUUCUUGGAGAUUAUGCAUCUGUUGAUUGCCCUCUAGAUCCAGAUGAGGUUAGAGAUAGUGAAAGACCCACAAAGUUGCGCCUUCCUCAGCCUGACGUUGAUGCCAAGAGUGGAAUGACCAUCAAAGAAAGUGUUCGGGAUGUUGUUGUUGGUGGUGGUGGAUAUAUUGUGAAUGAUGUGAAGUUCACUGUUAACCAAGCAGUGGAGCCAGUGGAGAAGGGUAUCACAAAGUUUAAUGAGAAAUUGCACAAGAUUUCUCAAAACAUAAAGAGACACGACAAGGAUAAAAGAAGAACGAAGGACGACUGUUGUAUAACUCCACCCACGCGGAAGGUGAUUCGGGGGAUAGAUGAUCCCCUCUUAAAUGGGAGCUUUAGUGACAGUGGGUUAGCAAGGGGAAAGAAACACCACCGAAAAUCUGGAUAUGCAAGCGGAGAGAGUGGGGGAGAGAGUAGUAGUGACCAAAACUAUGGUGGGUAUGAGAUCAGAGGGCGUAGAUGGGUUACGAAAGAUUAACAUCUUGAAGGGAGAGGAGGAUCAAAUCAAACUGGUGGGUGUAUUUAUCCCAGUUGCAUUACGAUGAUUUUCUUCUCAUUGUACUGCUUCUCAAGGAGAUUGAAGGUUUUAGUUCAGAUUUUUCUUCUCGAGAAGACUUGCUCAUCAACUGCUGAGGUAUUUUAUUCUAAGCCCACUGGACAGUUUGGAUUUUUAAAAUGUUGUAUAGAGUUUCCAUAAGGCUUGUUUGGCUGUUAAAGCCAAUAGAUCAAGCUGCACCCCUAAGAUCUUUCACACCUUUCUUUCAUAGCUGUCCAUAUGCAAAUUGUUGUAUGCUGUUUUGGCUACUCGACUAUUUUGUUGGCAGAUGGAAAAUCUUUAUUCAUUUGAUGAAUUGUAGACAUUAUUACAAGUGAAAAUGCCAGACUUAGCCCUUCUUUAUGCUAA